GUAAGAUCACGCUGUGUGCGUUUCCAAGUCAGAUGCGGUGUCCUGCUGCACAGGAGGGAGAUUUUUGUUCCUCUGUGAGCUUUGACUAAAAACAGCCUUUCCGCGAACAGAUUUGUGCUCGUAUUUUGAAUGGCGACGACUAUUCCGACUGAUGAAGCAGUUUGACACAUUAUCACGGGAUAUUUUUGGUCACACCUGCGCGAGAAUCGUCCUGCAUUUGGUGUGGGAGCAGGCACGCUGACAACCUGUGGAUUCCAGCAGCGACACAAACGCGCCCAGAGUGCUCGCAGCUGAUCUGCUGUGUGCCGUGCACGCUGGGUAAUUGUGGGAAUUUGUGAUCCGAUGAUAAAGAAUCGUCUGAAGGGUGUAACGCCGGUCCAGGAAAUGCCAGAGUGUGUUUAACCGAAGAAGAUGCCGCCCCUCUUUAAUGAAAGUACAGCCUUACACCUCGGGACCUACGGGAGAUAAUAAUAGGCGAUAAUAAUCGCCUGAUGCAACACUUUUCAGAAACUGACAAGCUAAGAUAUCCAGUUAUCUCCUAGAGCUGUCACACACACACCGGCUGCAGCUGUACCACAAAAAGGAGUGGAGUUAGUCACCGAGUAUGGGAUGUGACAUUCACAGUGCUAAGUUGUCCCCUGGAUGUCAGGACCCCAGGAACAAAUGAGCAGCAGUGGAUUUGGCAGCAGCUCCAGCUUGCUUCGGGGCCGGCGUUUUUAUUGCCGGGAAUGGGCCCUGGACAAGCUGCGUCGCUGCCUGGACGCCCGCUCGGGGCCCGGGCAAGCUCCGGGGAUCCUGGUAACGGGGGGGCCUGGUGCCGGGAAGACAGCUCUGUGCACCGAGGUGGUGUCCCCCACCUCAAAGGCAGGGCUGGCAGUUGGGUUGGCACAGCGUUGCCUUGCGGCCCACUUCUGCCAGAGGGAGGACCAGACGAGUACAGUGCUGUGGAGGUUCGUCCUGGGCUUGGUGGAACAGCUGAGGGCCUCUCCUCUCCUCUCUCCAGGGUACGAAGAACUCCUUAACAGCCCGUCUGUAUCCUCUGCCCUGGAGCCUCUCACGUGUCAAAGAGACCCUAAUGAGACCUUCAAGAGAGCAGUGUUGGAACCCCUGUCGGACCUUCCUCCUCCUGCCCAGACUCUGAUGAUGGUUAUAGACUCUCUGGACGUAGAAUAUGGACCAAGGGAAGGAGUUAGGAAGAGUGGCUCCAUUGCAGAGCUUUUAGCCUGCAGUCAACACCUGCUGCCCAGCUGGUUGCUGCUCGUCUGUUCGGUCCGCCGCCAAAACAAGGCCCUGUGCAAGAUGUUCUCAAGUUUUCGUAAACUCUGUCUGGAUGAUCUGCGGAAGCCUCCAGCAGUCCGUGACGUACAGCAGUACAUCCUCUGUCGUCUGGAUGAAGAAGCGGUGCUUCGUCGACAGCUCACCCCUGAUACCGCUGAUAUGCUGAAUCUUCUGCACAUCAAAAGUGGCGGCUGCUUUCUUUUUCUUCAGCGUGUUCUGGACGGUGUGGCAGCUUCGCUGGUGGGUCUGCGAGAGAUCCGGGACAUCCCCGGGACUCUCAACGGACUCUACCUUUGGCUGUGCCAGAGAUUGUUCCCCCGCGGGCGCUUCAUCUACGUAAGGCCUCUCCUCAAUGCCCUCUUGGCUGCCCCGAGGCCCCUAACACCCCAGCAGCUAUUCAUGGCAGUCUGGACUCAGGACAACUUAUUAAGUCUUCAGGACUUUGAGAACAAACUCCAAACCCUCUCUGCGCUCCUAAUCGAUGGAACCGGAGGCACCAAACUAAUUUUUCAUGCAAGCUUUACAGAGUGGCUGACAGAUAUUAAGUACUGCACACAGAAAUAUCUGUGUAGCAGAACAGAAGGUCAUAGCAUGCUUGCAUCAUCUCUGACUCUACAGGGACCUAACCUUGACGUUGAGGAAACUUGCCAGCUGGCCACACACUUAAUUUGCUCAGGGCACCAUAAAGAUAAACCUGCAUUUUUGGCACUGUGGAUGCUGUGGGCAGGUGUACGUGCUCUUAACCCCACCUGCAGUAAAGCACUUGCCACAUCCUUAGCUCAGCUUCCUGUUUCAGUGAGUCAGGAUGUUGCUCAAUUGCUGAUGAGAAGUGGACUAGUCUGUCAAACCUUUUGUUCUGGAGCAGACUCAAGUGAUGCAAUGCAUAGUGUAGGUAAAGAAGGAAUUAGUGUGCAACAGACACUUGAAAGGGAGACGUCUAUAAAGGACCUGCUUGCCAGUGGCAUGUCUGUAAACCAGCCUGGUUCUACAGAUGGACAGACUCUGCUUGCUAGUGCAGCCCACGAGGGUUCUGCAAAUUUAGCUAAGCUUCUCCUCUCACAUGGCUCUGAUCCACUGAUCAGUGAUCAUCAGGGUCAAACGCCACUGACUUUAGCCUCCAGGCAGGGUCACGUCAAAGUGUUGUCUGAACUCCUGGAAUGGGCCAAGAGCCAGGACCAAAAAACUGCAGUACAGAUGAUGGAGCAUGUUGACAAUGAAGGAUGGACAGCGUUGCGCUCUGCAGCUUGGGGUGGACACGCUGAGGCUGUCCAUCUACUGCUGGAUGCAGGAGCAGAUGUAGAUGGAUGUGACAGCGAGGGCCGAACUGCUCUCAGAGCUGCUGCAUGGGGCGGUCAUGAUGAAAUUGUUCUCACACUACUGGACUAUGGGGCUCAAGUUGACAAAGCUGAUAGCAAGGACCGCACGCCACUUAUCGCAGCUGCCUAUAUGGGACAUCAUGAAGCAGUGGCAAUGUUGUUGGACCACAAUGCACGAGUUGAUUUGGCUGAUGGAGAUGGACGCACUGCUCUGUCAGUUGCAGCUGUCUGUGUCCCUACAGCAGCAGGCGUCAAAGGUUUUGGAGAGGUAGCAAGUCUGUUACUGGAGCGUGGAGCAGAUCCAGGGCACAGAGACCAUGAUGGAAUGACACCGCUUCUUCUUGCAUCCUAUGAGGGCCAUGAAGAUGUAGUCGAGCUUUUGUUAGAAGCUGGCGCUGACGUAGAUGAAACUGCUGGACCUGACGGCAGUGUGCCUGCUGCUGCUGCUGUUACUCCCCUCCUGGCAGCAGCAGCAAUGGGACACAUGAAGACCGUGUCACGGCUGCUUUUCUGGGGAGCGGCUGUGGAUGCCAUUGAUUGUGAAGGCAGGACGGCACUGUGUCUAGCAGCAGCCAGAGGGAGCAUAGAGGUUGUCCGUACAUUGCUGGACCGAGGCCUGGAUGAAAACCAUAAAGAUGAUCUUGGCUGGACUCCAUUGCACGCUGCUGCGUGUGAAGGACAUCGUGCAAUUUGUGCCAUUUUGACAGAAGAAGGCAGCAUGGCACGAGUUGGAGAGAUGGACAUCGAGGGACGCACUCCCCUUAUACUAGCUGCCCAAGAAGGCCAUUGGAGCACUGCCAAACUUCUAUUAGACAGACGGUGUCCCAUUGACCACAGGGCCUAUGAUGGGCAUUCUGCCUUGAGUGCUGGCCUCCUGGAGGGCAAUGCUGAUGUUGCAGAGCUGCUUAUGAAACGAGGGGCUGAUACUGAUGUCCGGGAUGCCGAAGGGCGUCCUUUGCUCUACCUCCUAGUAUUGGAGGGUCGCCUUGAUAUGGCUACUCUCCUAAUUGAGAAAGGGGGUGUUCCUCUGGAGUCCAGAGACUCUGAGGGCCGUACAGCGCUUCAUGUGGCUUCCUGGCAAGGAUUUGUAGAGAUUGUAGACCUACUUUUAAGACACGGGGCGAAUCCCAAUGCACAAGAUGCAGAGGGGAGACCACCAAUACAUUCAGUGGCUUGGACAGGACACGCUAAAGUAGGACAUCGCCUCCUAGAAGCCAGUGGCAUCAAUAUAAACCUUGCUUGCCAUCAGGGGGCAACAGCUCUGAGCAUCGCUGCCCAGGAGGGACAUGCUAACAUCGUUGCAAUGCUUCUAGAAAGAGGCUCAAAUCCCAAUCACGUGGAUAAAUAUGGCCGCAGUCCGGUCAAAGUGGCUGGGAAACAUGGACACUAUAACAUUGUCAGGAUGUUGGAGAGCUAUGGAGCCAAGCCAUAUCUAGGUGUGUUGCCUAACUCUAGUACUGUAUCCCCUUCAAAAUCCAACAUGAUCUCAUCUUUAGGAAUCUCAGAAAGUAGUGGGGGUGAAGUAACUGCUGCAACCUCAUCGUCCUCGGUUUCUUCUCCAGGAUCCACUGCAGAACGAUUCCACUCCAUGCAGAGCUCCCAAACCUCAUCGACCUGCCACUCACUGGCCACAGUGCAGACGGUGCCAGCUGACAGCCUCAGCUUUAUACAGCAGAUCCAACAGCACUCACUGCCCCGCAGUCGUAGCCGUAAUUCCACCCUCCCUCCACCAGGGGGCUCGGGCAUAGGCAGUCUCCACGGAAGCAGUAAGAGGCAACCCAAAGGCAGCCCUCCCCCUACUGUGUGCACAGUCACUGCCAUGGUGCAUAAUUACGAAUUGCCUCAGAAAGGCCUAUCAUCUGGACUUGAAUAUCAUGACAAAAUAAACAAACAAAGCUCAAAUUUAAUAAAAACAGAGAGGACUAAUUACACAGGUGGUAAAUGGAACUCUGUAAUGGCUUCACUUGGGAUAAUGCCAGGACAGGACCAACCGCUAGGUGCUAAAAACCGAGAGAACGCUCCUCUCGGAUACCCGUACAGGCUCCAGAACCCACUUCAGGAGGAAACUUGGGAUUCGAAACCCCAGAAGAACAUUUUGUCGCCGGUUUGCUACAGCUUUCCCCCCGUCCCACCCUGUAGUGCCUUGCCAGAUGAUGUAAUGGUCACUAUGACAACCACAGACCCACAGCUUAAUCUCAAACGGGCCAUCAAACUGCAGUUUGAGGGUCCCACCAGUGUAGCCUUACACAAGAGAGAGACGCCUCUGUGACUGGUAC